GAAAGGCCUACGUCAAUUCCUCAUGCACUGUCGAUAAUCUGUUGAAGUGAGAUUCAAUAGAAGACUGAAACACAUUGACACAUGAAUAAUGCUGCUUUUAAAUAUAGACUGUGUUAGAUGUAUGUGAUUCCGAGAGGUAUUUCAGAGGGCAUGGGCCAUCCGAGAAGUGACAACUUGUUCAAACUGAGGAUGAAGAUGGCGGACCUUGUGCAUCUGACUUUGGUGGUGCUUCUCCUUGCAACUGCAACCAGGGGAGACUACGCGGCUGAUGAAGCUGCUCUUCUGACAGCCAUUCGAGCCAACACCAGCGUCGACGUCAGACCUGUACAGAACACUAUCGUGCUUUCAACCAUCUUGUUGUUUGCUGUCAAUGAUGUCAAUAUCGGUAAAGAGACCAUGUCCCUGUCCGGGGUUAUGAUAGUUCAAUGGAAUGACCCGCGAGUGUCCUGGGACCCGGCGACAGCAGCGGGGAUAGAGCGGUUGGUUAUCAACACCAAAUACAUCUGGAAGCCACAACUAGUCAUUGAAAAUGACAUAGAAUCUGUGGGUGUCCUAGGAAGCGACGGUACGCCUCCCCGAGUGUUUUUCAACGGCGAUGUUUUGUGGACUCCUCCCAUGUCAACAACCUCUAGCUGCUCUGCAGACAUAACGUACUACCCCUAUGACAAACAGACAUGCUCCCUGACGCUGGUUGGUUGGAGUUAUACCACUGAUGAAGUGGACCUCCUCACUGACCACAACCAACCAAUCGACAUGCAGUAUUUCACUUCCAACGGGGAGUGGCAAAUGUUAAGCACUGGAUAUCACUACGUUAACCUGACCCAAGGUCCGAUGACCUUCAGGAAGUUGGUGUUCAAUGUAACACUCCGUCGAAAAUGGCAAUUCUAUGGCCUGAAUAUCAUGCUUCCACUGGUCCUAAACUCCAUCUUGAUGAUGGUGGUAUUUGCCUUGCCGAUAGAGUCUGGGGAGAAGAUGGGCUACUGUCUGACUGUCCUACUGUCCUACAUCGUCCUGCUCACAAUGGUAUCUGCCAACCUGCCGCCCAUAUCCAGCCAGACGUCCAUCAUACAGGUCUACCUGUCCGUGGUCAUGUGUGUCGGCACUGCGGGGACAAUCAGCACCAUCGUUGUCCUCCGUCUGUACCACAGGGAUGAGGCCAAGCCAGUUCCGACGUGGCUGCAGAAGUUGACUGAAUCCUUCCUAUCUCCCAUGGCGUGUCUCACCUGCGGUUCAAACAGAGUAGUCACGCCAGAAGGAAUGAAGAGGAAAGGACCUAACCACGGUGACUUUAGUGCAAAAGAGAUAGCACACAUACUGGACAAGUUUCUGUUCCGUAUUUUUGGAACUUUCAUGUCUGUAAUGACGAUUGGGUUUGUCUUCGCCCUCAUGACUCAUUAUCUGAGAUGAUGAUAUGUCGAUCUCUUCACAGUAACACUUCGUGUGGAUUCGAACUGCAAUGUACCGAUAUGACAAUAGUGAGCCACGCUGCAUGCUGUACUGAGCCUGUAACAGUGGACACGCUGUUGUUGUCACAGCCGUCCACCCUCCACAUACAGAUCUCAUUAUCGUCACUCAACUUUGAGCACUACUCAGAUGUCCACCUCGGUUUCACUUAUUUGCAUUUUUAUGUUUAUUACGACUGCAUUCUUGUUUGUUCACCUAAAUCAACUCAGUGUAUGACCUUGCCUCUAGAAAACAUGGAAUAAAUAAAAUA